GGGCCGGCACGCUAUGGGGCGGGGCCUCGGGGGGGGCGUGUUCCCAUGCGAACUCCCCAUUGGCCCCCCGGACGUCACGUGCUCGCCGUGGCUUGAUUGGCGCGAGCGGUCCGGGGCUGGCAAAGCUUGGGACUCCGCCGCAGGGGGCUAGCUUCGCUUCGGCGGAGCCUGCCCGGGGCGGAUGCCCGCGCCGGGUAGUGCCGCCAGCGGGGCAGGCGCAGGCAUCCGACCCUGGGCGGGCGCUUCCCCACACCCGUCUCUCUCCGGCUUCCGAGCGGGAUCUUCCCUCAGAUCCGAGUGGUCUGGUCCUGGGGGCCUGAGUGCCCCCGCAGAGGUCCCACAUCCUGCGAGGGGGUCCGAGGCUGCACCGGGGGUGGGGGUGCCUCCACAUCCUGCCUUGGGGGUCCGAGUGAGGCCGCGGGGGUCCCACAUCCUGCCUUGGGGGUCCGAAUGCCGCCUCGGGGGUCCACAUCCAGCCUUGGGGAUAGGAGUGCUCCCUCGGGGGUCCCACAUCCUGCUUUGGGGGUCCGAGUGAGGCCGCAGGGGUCCCACAUCAUGACUUGGGGCUCUGAGUGCGCCCCCAGGGUUCCCACACCCUGCCUUAGGGGUGUGAGGGCUUCCCCUGGGGGGGUCCCACAUCCUGCCCUGGGGGUUCCGAGUGCUCCUCCAGGUUUCCCACAUCUUGCCUUGGGGGUCUGAGACCUUUUCGGGGGUCCGGAAUUCUGCCUUGCAGGUCUAGUACUGCCCUGGGGGGGGGGUCCCACAUCCUGCCUUGGGAGUCUGAGCCCAUCCCGGGGGUCCUACAUCCCGCCUUGGGGGUCUGAGCCCAUCUCGGGGGUCCCACAUCCUGCCUUGUGGGUCUGAGCCCAUCUCAGGGGGCCUGAACUCUGCCUUGCAGGUCUAGUACUGCCCUAGGGGGUCAUACAUCCUGUCUUGUGGGUCCAAACCCGACCCUAGGGUCCCACAUCUUGCCUUGGGGUCUGAGUGCUCCCCAGGUUCCCACAUCCUGUCAUGGGGGUGUAAGUGCCGCCGUGUGGGUCCCAAUCCUGCCUUGCGGGUCAGAGUGGUCCCUCGGGGGUCCCACAUUAUGACUUGGGGGUCAGACUGCUCCCUCAGGGGCCCCACAUUCUGUCCUGAGCUCUGAGUGCUUCCCCAUGGGGGUCCCACAUCGUGCCUUGGGGGUCUUAGUGCUGCCCCAGAAGGGGCUUCCACAUCCUGCCUUGGGGUCCGAGUGUUCCCCCAGGGGUCCUACACCUGCCAUGGAUGUCUGAACCCAUCCUGGGGGUCCCACAUCCUGGCUUGGGGUCCAAGUGUGUCCUCGGGGUUCCACAUCCUGCCUUGGGGGUUUGAGCCCAUCUCAGGGGUCCUAACAUUCUGCCAUGAAUGUCUGAGCCUAUCCCAGGGGUCCCAUAUCCUGCCUUGGGGUCUGAGCCCAUCUCGGGGAUUCCACAUCCUGCCUUGGGGGUUUGAGCCCGUCUCAGGGGUCCUAACAUCCUGCCAUGGAUGUCUGAGCCCAUCCCGGGGGUCCCACAUCCUGCCUUGGGGUCUGAGCCCAUCCCGGGGGUCCCACAUCCUGCCUUGGGGUCCAGGCGUGUCCUCGGGGUCCCACAUCCUGCCUGGGGGGUUUGAGCCCGUCUCAGGGGUCCUAACAUCCUGCCGUGUAUGUCUGAGCCCAUCCCAGGGGUCCGACAUCCUGCCUUGGGGUCUGAGCCCAUCUCGGGGAUCCCACAUCCUGCCUUGGGGGUUUGAGCCCGGCUCAGGGGUCCUAACAUCCUGCUAUGGAUGUCUGAGCCCAUCUCGGGGGUCCCACAUCCUGCCUUGGGGCUCUGAGCCCAUCCCAGGGGUCCCACAUCCUGCCUUGAGGGUCUGAGCCCGUCUCAGGGGGCCUGAACUCUGCCUUGAGGGUCUAGUACUGCCCUAGAGGGUCUUACAUCCUGUCUUGGGGGUCUGAGUGCUCCCUGGAAGGGGGUCCCACAUCCUGCCCUGGGGUCUGAGUGCUCCCCAGAAAGGAGCCCCACAUCCUGCCUUGGGGGUCAGAGUGCUCCCGGGAAGGGGGUCCCACAUCCUGCCUUGGGGGUCUAAAUGCAGCUGCAGGGAACGCAAUCCUGCGUUGUGGGUUGGAGUUCCCUUGGGGGGUCCCACAGCAUGACUUGAUGGUCUGAGUCCUCCUCCAGGGGGGUUCCCACAUCCUGCCUUGGGGGUCUAAUUGCUCCCCUAGGCAUCCCACAUCCUUCCUUGGGAGUUCGAGUGUGGCCAUGGGAGUCCCAAUCCUGCCUUGGGGAUCCGAGUGCUUCCCUGGGGUCUCACAUCCUGCCUUGGGGAUCCAAGCCCAUCUCGGGGGUCCCACAUCCUGCCUUCGGGGUCUGGGCCCAUUCCGGGGGUCCUGCAUCCUUCCCUGGGGGUCCAGGCCCAUCCAGGGGUUCCACAUCCUGCCUUGGGGGUCCAAGCCCACCCCGGGAGUCCCACAUCCUGCCUUGGGGGUCCGAGCUCAUCCUGGGGGUCCCACAUCCUGCCUUGGGGGUCAGAGUGCUUCCUUGGGGGUCUCAUAUCCUGCCUUGGGGGUCCAAGCCCACCCUGGGAGUCCCACAUCUUGCCUUGGGGGUCCAAGCCCAUCCCGGGGGUCCCACAUCCUGCCCUGGGGGUCUGGGCCCAUUCCGGGGGUCCCGCAUCCUACCCUGGGGGUCCGGGCCCAUCCUGGGGGUCCCACAUCCUGCCUUGGGGUUCAAGCCCAUUCCGGGGUUCCACAUCCUGCCUUGGGGGUCCAAGCGGAGCUUUGAGAGUCUCAUCCCAUCACUGGGGGUCUGCAACUCGGCCUCAGGGGCCCCAGACGCUGCGUUGGGAGUCAUCGCCAGUUCGGAGGAGGCUCAAACUUUGCCUGGCAUGUCUGAGUCCAUGAUCUCAGGUCGUACACUGCUACGGGGGUUCAUGUUCAGUCGCAUGGGUCCCAUACUCUGCCUUGGGCACGUGAUGCUGACUUUGGGCUUCUUCCCCAGUGAUGCUUGGGGGUCUGAAUUUGGCCUGGUGACGGCCCGGGGCGGUUGGGGAUUCUGAAGUCUGUGCUGCUAGCCCGGGUGUGUCCCUGGGGGUCCCAGGACCUGCUUGGGGAUCAGAAGCUAGCUGGCGAAUGUGGUGUGGGAAAUGAAUGCAGAGGCCAGUGGGCCCAGGAGGGUGAGAGGUGGUGGGCUGUUGGAAGGGAGGGCCCCUCCCGUUCAGACUGUUAUCAGUAUAUUCUCCAGGAGAAAUUCAGAAUGCGUGGUGUCGAAAGGGUCACAUGGAUCCCAGCUGUCACUAGGGGGUUCUUGUUUUCACAGAAGAGCAGGUUUAAUGGAAAUGUUCCUUUUUAAGUGUCUGCAGAAAGCCACGGCCUUUCCGAUAUUUCGAUGAUGGUGACGCUCGUCAUUCUAACAUGCACAACGAAGGAGGGGACACGUAGGAACACGUAGCCCGAAGAGGCAGGGGAGGCCUGGUUGCUGUGUCGGAACGGGGGUGGGGGGGAUUGAAAGGAACGUUUGAGGUGGCGUUACUGUACUGGCAGGAACUGUCCUGUGCAGCCCCCCGAGCCAGCGUGACCACGUUGGGCACGGUUGGAAUUGAGUUGAGCUGUCGUGCGUCUGUCUUAAAGAGAAUGGGCGAGCUUGGGAUCUCGACCCGGUGUCGCCAGUGACGCCCCCACGGGCCGUGAGUCCUGGGUGCCAUUUCCUUGCUGAUGGAAUCAGAGUGUGGAUUAGAACCUACAGUAACGAAGGCACAAGUGUGUGUGUGCUGAUGGCGUAUAUCGUUCCGGGGCCGGUCCCCCAGCCCUCCGCCCUGUCACACGGCUUCCGACCGCCAGCACCGGGCACGGGCAUCAGUGAGUCCGCGGAGAAAGCACGGGGCCUUGUGUCCCGGGGAGGGUGUCUCUGCGGGGCCUUGCUCUGAGAUCCUGGGGCGAAGCUGCUCUGUCUGCAGCGGGAGGCCGGCUGGCGAGCGCACAGGAGCUCGCUGUGGUCCUGUGACGCCCCCUGGCGUAAGAUUCGGGCAGGUCCCCUCCUCCCAGCCCUGCCUCCUGUAGACGGAGUGCAGUCUUACUUGGGGGAGCAGACCUACCGGAGCUCGCGUUUCCAGGGCUGCGCGGGGCGCCAGGUUCUUAGCCGCACUCAGACCUCUCCGCUUCCUCGGUUCCCGUCGCCGUCCGGGCCGCAUCGCCAGCGCUGUCCCCUGGAGCCUGCCUGCCCGGCGGUUUCUGGGGGUGGCUUGGGGAGGGACGACGGUGAGGAUUAACACUUGAUAAUGAGCGAAAGGUCUGGCCAAGAGGAGGGGAACCUGAUGCCCGUGUGCGAUGGCGGUGGCCAGGACACUGUGUCGGACACUGGUGGUUUGUGGCAGCGGAGGCUUGUGUCUGAGCACCCAGCUGAGGGCGUGACGACAGUCAGAGACCCUGGCCGAGACCUCUGUCCUGCAGCAGCGGUGCAGGAAGGACCCUCGGGGAUCCGGGAUGUCAGUGGGAUUGGAUUCCGACGGCGUGGGCGGGCCACACGCAGGAGGUACAGGAACGAGGCUGGCCAGUUCAUCUCCAUGGUGACCUUCUUUGAGGCACAGGGAGCAACCUCGGGGGCCCAGGAUGCCCGUGGGCAGGGCACCUGCCGGCGAGGGCGGCCCCCGCGGAAGUACCGCAAGAGGAAAGUGGCCAUCACCGCAGAGGUGACCCUGUUUGAGAUGGUUGCCCUGGGGAAGAACUCUGUGCAGACGGCCGUUGAGGAGUGGGUCCAGUCUUACAAGGAGGACAGGGAGCUGGCCCUGCUGGACCUCAUCAGCUUCUUCGUCCAGUGCUGUGGCUGUGAAGGGAUGGUGACGGCUGAGCUGUACCAGACCAACCAAGGCAACAGUGUGGUUCACAAGAUGACCGAGAAGUUUGACCAGGAGACCGGGCUCUACUACAAGAAGUUUCUGGCGUACCCCUGGAUCCUGACCAUCAUGUGGCCAGAGAAACUGCAAAACGACUUCUACCCCAUCGUGGGCCCGGGGCCCUUCUGGAAAAGGUUCAGGGUCAACUUCUGCGAGUUCACGGAGCUGCUGGUGCAGCAGACACACUCUUCGGUGCUGUGUGACGGACACCUCAUGGAUACGGUCAUCUGCAUGCUUAGCGGCCUCACCAACUCGGCCGUGCACAGCCUGCGGCACACCAGCUCCCUGGCAGCCAUGAAGCUGCUGACAGCGCUGGCCAGCGUGAACCAGGGCAUCUGCACGAACAGGCGCAGGUCCCAGCGGCUGUGUGAGGUGGAGAACAUCGCCAAACUCAAGGGCAAACACAAAUACUGCAUGGAAGUACUGGACCAGCGCAGACAGCAGGUGCAGGGGGCGGGGCCGCCAUGUGGGGGCGGGGCCAGCAGCAGACGCCAGGGGUGGGGGCGGGGCCACGGAAGGAGGGCGGGGCCAGCAGACGACAGACGACGCCAGCGGCGGGGGCGGGGCCAGCAGCAGACGCCCGGCGGGGCCAGCAGGAGACGCCAGCGGCGGCGGGGGUCGGGGCCACCUGAGAGGGGGGCACACAGGUGUGAGGACGUCACUGUGUGCAGGGAGGGGACCCAGGUGUGA